AUCAAUGUGAGUGAGUCUGAAAACUGAGAUUCGGAAAAGCGGGGAAAAACCCUAGAAAGCUCCACCGCUCCACUCGUCGAUUAAUCAAGUCUGUCAGCUCGAACUCUCAGUCUAUCCACUUCCAAUGGCGGACGAAGCAAACAGAACCGUAAGAAUAGCUUCAAACUCCAUCUGCUAGCUCUGAUUCCGCCAGACGAAGCUGGCUUUUAUGGAGAUUCAAGGUCGCAUGAUCGAGACCACUGCCAAACUGAAGCAGGUGCAGAACCAGAUGCGUACUAAAGAGGGAGAAAAGAAGCGUGCUUACCUGACUUUGCAGGAAUUGCAGCAGGUGCCUGAUGACACAAAUACAUACAAGUCCAUAGCGGUGGCCAGGUUUGUCUUGGAGCCUAAGUCUGUGUUGAUGACUGAACAAGAGCAAAAACACAAGGAUAGUGAGUCUGCAAUAGCGUCGCUGCAGACAUCCAAGGAGUACUUGGAAAAGCAGAUGGCUGAGGUGGAGAACAACUUGAGGGAGCUUUUGCAACAGGAUCCCGGUCUUGCCCGCCAGAUUAUGUCCAUGAGUGUGUAAUGUAAGAAGCGAGCUUCACUAUUUCUUCGAAAGUCGUCCUGGUAUUACUACACAUUUGCUGUUUGAUUCAAUAGUAGUUGGUUGGAAGCAACCGUAAACUUGCUUCCUUUUAUUUUCUUUUAGGAUGUGAUGCUCAUCUGGCUACUAUAUAACUUACGCAUUUUUUUUUGGUAGAGAGAAUAACUUGAUUACUUAUGCACCCAUAACAUGGCUACUAUAUUCUCCCAGUGCCCAAAUGGGGAAGAUGUUCCUGUACGAGGAGUAGUGCAGUGUACAAUUCCUCAUGAAAGCUCCUGUGAGUUCCUGUUCACAAAUCAAUACCGAAAGGCCCGAAUCAGUAAAUCCUUUCUUACUGAUUUCCAACGGAUGAUGAUUACUACUCUUGAUUUACCUGCUGGGGGAAGUCACCAUCAUCCAUUUGUGAAUUAACCAACAGUUUCAUCCCCUUCUCGAUCGGUGCUGAAUCCACAUUAGCCUGUUACAUCAUCACAGUACAAGUUCAUACGACAAUGAUACCGCGGCAACAGCCACUGUGAUAGCAGGCAUUGGCGUGUAGAAGUACUGUAAGUGCUAAUUACCUGACCGGCAUGGAUAAGGGAGAGCAACGCCCAUGCAGUUUGAACUAGAUUUGCUUUAUCCCCCUCCAGAUUGGUGUAUACCUGUUUCGGUUUUUUACACACUGUCAAGAGCUCUGCUCUUUGUCUAUAUAUCAUGCAAGUAAGGAAAAUUGGCUGACCUUGUUUUGGCUGGAGAGGUAGCUCUCCCCCCAUCCACCACAAGGUAGUUGCUUGGACAACAAGAAUCGGCACGCUUUUCGCAGGGCAGGACUGUUUGUGUAGCUUCGGCCGCAAGCGACCAGCCCUUCCACUGCAAACCACGUCCCGUAGGUGUAGCAAAUCCCCCAACAACCAUACCUGAUAAAUAACAUAGUUUCCACAGCACAUCCCACAGG